CAUCCAUCUACAAAGCAGAAGCAUAUUUUCUUCUUCUAAAUUCUAAUAUAUAUUAUAUAUAAAAGAUAAAAAGAAGAAGAGCAAAGGGCAAAGCGAAGCAAUGGAGUUAAAAGGAAAAACCCUUCCCAGGAGCUAAGGUGAGGAGUCAGAAGAGAGUGCUUUAGUUAGUAGAUUCCUGUGGGAAGGUGGCAGGGGGGGUGGGGGUUGAUGAAAGCUAAAAAAGGGGUGAGGGUUUAGCUUGUGUAUGGUUUAUAUGAUAAUAUCACUUUGUUUAAUGUGUAGGCAAGUCAGUGUUCCACGUGCUCCUGGGGACUCUCUCCCCCCUCCCCCUCUUCAAUGCCAUAUUUUUUUUCCCCACUCAAUUACACACUCUGACUCUCUGUUUCCCUUCUUUUGUUUGCAUCUUCCUCUUCCCAUUUCUCUCUCUUUUCUUGGCAGGGAAAAAAGUGAGUGACUUGUGGGAAAGCAAAAAUAAAGGCCAUAUCUUUGAUGUGAAAAGAGAGCAAUACCAGUUACAAGGAACAAAGAUUUUGUAGAUAUUUUUUCCUUCACAGUUAGUUUAACAUAAUGGAAGGAAUCAAAGGUGGAGGAGGAGGUAGAGUUGGUGUUGGUGUUGAAGAAGAUAUGGGAGAUGGUAUGCAAUGCAGUAAUCAUCCUUAUAGAAAUAACCCUGGUGGGAUCUGUGCUUUUUGCCUUCAAGAGAAGCUAGGCAAGUUGGUUUCUUCUUCUUUUCCUUUACCUAUUCGUGCUUCACCUUCUUCUUCUUCUUCCCCGCCUUCUUUUAGAUCUGAUACUGGUGCCAUUGCUACUAGUUGUGGCGGAAAUGGUGGCGUUAGUGGUGGUGGUGGUGGUGUCGCCACUUUUUCCGCUUCUUCACUGUCUAUGUCUGUUCGUCCCAUAACAAAAACUAGGCUUGAUAAUGGUAAUAAUAACAGUCAUUAUGAAGAAUGUUAUACAAGGCGGGCCAGGAUCCCUUUCCUUUUGGCAAAGAAGAAGAAGAAGAUCAUGGUGGCAUCAUCAGAUCAUCAUCACCACCACCACCACCACCACCAUCAUGCUAAUAUUGCUUUAAAGAGAAGCAAGUCAACUACAGCUCCCAGGAGAGGCCGGUUCUUGGAUGGUGAAGUAGAUAAUGGUGGAGGCUUCAGUCCCAGAAAAAGAAGUGGUUUUUGGUCAUUUCUCUAUCUUUCUUCCAAGACCCAUAGUUCCAAAAAACCAGACAAGGUUGCUUCUAUAGCACCACCGGCAGCCACUGUCUCAACAGCAACAACAAUGGGGGGACCUUCAUCCUCAAGUGCGGUCGUGAAUGUAAAACCAAAGGAGAAAAGCUUGGGUUCAUCAUUGUCGAGAAAAGGAGGCAUUGUGGUAGUAGAAGAGGAUGACAGCCCCAACAGUGAAGCCACUGCCUCAGCUGCAUCAUCAUUUGAGCGCAAGGUUUCGAGAUCCAGGUCCGUAGGCUGCGGAAGCCGGAGUUUCUCCGGUGAUUUCUUCGAAAGGAUCUCAACCGGGUUGGGAGAUUGCACUCUCAGACGAGUUGAAUCCCAAAGAGAAGGCAAACCAAAAUCCUCCGCCGUCGGCGCCGCCUCAUCAUCAUCAGCAAUGAAAGAAAGGGUAAAAUGCGGUGGCAUAUUCGGUGGUUUCAUAAUCACAUCAUCAUCGUCUUCCUCCUCCUCAUCUUCAUACUGGUUAUCGUCAUCAGCGGAGGAGCAUAACGGGAAUGGGAAAGCAACAGGAGCAGCGCUGAUCCAUGGGAGGAGCAGGAGUUGGGGAUGGGCAUUUGCAAGCCCCAUGAGAGCAUUCACCAAACCAUCCUCUGGUAAGAAAGAUGCUACCACCGUCAUUAGAGAAUCAAAUAACAAAAACACAACUCCCAAUCUGGCUGCCAUUCCUUCCUUAUUAGCUGUUAGAAGCUAAAAAUUAUUCCAGUUAAUACGCAUUACAUUGGCUUAAUUAUUAUUACCUGUUUAUUUCCAUGUUUAUUAUCAUCUGUUCUUAAGAGACUCUAUUCCUUUAGUAAUGUUACACCCCUUAAUCCCUUCCUUAA